ACUCCUCUUCUAAAUCAUAUUCGAAAAAAGAAACCAUUCUCUUAUCUUUCUUUCGAAACCAACCAACCAUGGCCAUAUAUAUGUAUCCUACCUUGAGAAACGCUAUUGCUUCUCUUUCACUCUUUAUGCUUGCGUUUGCUCUCCCUUUCCCCACCACGGGAAGACCCGCCACUUUUCUUGAAGACUUCCACGUCACGUGGUCUGAUUCCCAUAUCAAGCAGAUCGACGGAGGGAAGGCCAUCCAGCUCGUUCUUGACCGAAAUUCUGGAUGUGGGUUUUCUUCCAAGAGGCAGUACUUGUUCGGGCGUGUCAGCAUGAAGAUUAAGCUGAUUGCCGGGGACUCUGCCGGAACUGUCACCGCCUUCUAUAUGAAUUCAAACACCGACGCUGUUCGUGACGAGCUGGACUUCGAGUUCUUGGGGAAUCGAACAGGGCAACCGUACACUGUCCAGACCAAUAUCUACGCUCAUGGGAAGGGUGAUAGGGAGCAAAGAAUCAACCUUUGGUUUGAUCCUUCUGCUGACUUCCACACUUACACAAUUCUAUGGAACCACCGUCAAAUUGUCUUCUAUGUGGAUGAUGUGCCCGUUAGAGUUUACAAGAACAACGAAGCCAAAGGAAUCCCCUACCCGAAAUUUCAGUCCAUGGGGGUCUAUUCCACAUUAUGGGAAGCCGACAACUGGGCUACGAGAGGCGGGCUGGAGAAGAUUGAUUGGAGCAAAGCACCUUUCUAUGCUUAUUACAAGGACUUUGACAUCGACGGAUGCCCGGUGCCGGGCCCGGCGAACUGUGCCUCCAACCCCAGCAACUGGUGGGAGGGAAACGCCUAUCAAUUACUCACUGCCCUCCAAGCAAGAAAGUAUAGAUGGGUUCGCAUAAACCACAUGGUCUACGACUACUGCACCGAUAAAUCUAGGUUUCCGGUGAGCCCGCCGGAGUGUGCUCUCGGCUUCUAAAUGGCAAACCAACCAAACCGUCCAUGUAUUAUAAGCCUCACGUACAUGUCCUAGCUUGUACGCUAAUUGUGUGAUCAUGAGAGUCAUUCAAAUUUGGAUGGUACAAAAGCCGGGGGAUAUAUGUGUUAUAUUUGGCCUCUUACUCUUGUGUACGUGUAUUAGUGUAUAUGUCGACGAAGCUUUAAGUUAGCUCCGGGGGAGGGAAAAAGUCAAACCUUCUUGUGGGCUAUACGUGUCUGUAUUCUGUAGGCACAGUACGUGCCAAUAAAGUUUCUGCAUAAAGUAUAACUGUGAAAAGGAUGUUCUUGUUCUCUA